AUGGAGCCCGACUUAUGCCGAGUAAUUCUUGAUAUUGUACUGGCUGUGCCGUAUUCGUUGCUAUAUUUUAUCGACCCCGAUGAAGCUUGGUUCGACUUCUACACUAUAUCUCCAAUAAUGGCGACGAUACGUGUUUACCGAAUCAUCGAAUACUUUUACGACAGAUCGACGCAAGCCGGCAGCAACCAGUGGACCACAUUUCUAGUCCAGUAUCUGAUACUUUUCGUCCUUUCCGUUCAUACUUGGACCUGCAUAUGGUAUUUGUAUGCCUACAGAAAUUAUGACAUACAUAAGAAUCGUUCUUCGUGGGCCACGGAGGCCGUAUACUUGCCGACUGAAACAACGUUCGAUUGGUACUUCAUUUGCGCUUACUGGUCCGUCAUGUUCCUAACAACAAAUGCCCUUGGGGACCUCUACCCUGUGACUACCCCAGAAAGAAUAUCGGCCAUCGGCGCAAUACUGUUGGGAUUUCUCUUAACGACCAUCGUAUUCGUCGGUUCGCUGACAUCGCAAUUUAUAACAAUAACGACGCGGCGAGCCAAAUACGUUAGACAGUUGAAGAAAAUACAAAACCACCUGCAGUUAAUUAAAAUGGACGAAUUCACAACGAACCGAAUUAUCAGAUAUUAUGAAGACCUGUGGUACGAAAAAUCUGGAGUAUUUAAACCGAAGCUAAUGAAAUUACUGCCGUUUCCUCUACAAAUGGAAAUAUGUUACGACUUGAACGCAGUUCCACUGUACAGUUCCUUAAUAUUUAGAAAGUUACCCGAAGCGUUUUUAAGACGAUUGUCGGUAACAAUGGGCCACCGGUUUUACUUGCCGGGCGACAUUAUAUACAAUCAUAAUCAAAAUAAGACUGUCAUGAUCUGCAUAACAAAUGGUGUUUUGGAGUUAUUGUCAGAUGAAGACGAUGAAAGUCCAAUGAUUUCAUUUUCAAAAGGAACCUGCUUCGGGGAGAUUUCAUUGAUUUUAAAUAUACCAGAUCUAAUGGAUCAAAUUCGAAAAGAAAUGCACAAUAGAAUAAUUAGAUCUCGAAACAGAAAAGAGAAUCAGACUGGUGACGAUCAGCUCUUAUUGAAUAUUUACGUUUCUAAAGAUCGUAAAAAGAGUAGUAUAAAAUGUUUGAAAGAUAAACUGAGAUACCGACAAGGUAAAACCGAUGUCGACGGUGUGGAACUAACGGACGACAGUUGGCUGGAUACGACCGUGGUGCCUACGGAAUUGAGACGGAAGGUGCUACAUCAGGCGAGGUUUAAAGCCCUCACAUCGAUUAAGUUCUUUCAAGUAAAGAACAAAGCAUACAUUCAGACGCUAAGUGCAAUGGCAAGGGACAUAAUUCUUCCACCCGGUGAAAUAGUUUACUACGGUGGGACAAUUUCAAGAGAAUUGUAUAUAGUUGAAAGAGGUUACUGUUUGGUAACAUCGAAAGCGCUACGCGAAGCGAAAAAGGAACGGGUCGUUGGUCCAGGGAAUCAUCUGGGCUUGCUUGUAAUGCUAUAUGGGGUACCGGCUGUUAACACUGUUGUCACUCUGACGCACUGCAAACUUAUAAGCAUAAGCCACUUUGCUUACACGUCAGCCCUCAAUCUUUUUCCCGAGAUGCGGGAGCACGAAGGCCUCCUCAAACCGGAUGAACUUAAAAUGAUCGAAGAACAAGCGAGGCUGCAUAAUACUGACGCCUACUUGCAGAACUACGUCUUCUUCAAGAAGACCGCUAAAACAAAAAUAACCAACUUUUUUCAAGAACUCUUGGAUAGCUCGUGGUUGGACGAAGCGAAAACGUUCAAAGUCAAGAACCUAACACCGUCGAAGGCGUACCUUUUGGCUUAUUAUUGGUCUGCAGCGAGUUUUAGCGGCGCCGGCUUCGGUGAUAUCAUUGCCCAAGACACCGCCCACAUGAUCCUCUCCAUUUGCAUCAACGUACAUGGAGUUUUGUUCUUCGGAGCUUUUGCGAAGCAAUUGCAGGAAAAAUACUUCCAAAAGGGCUACAUGGUGAUGAAGGCAAACGAAGUUAUAAGCUCCAUGUAUAUUAUUUAUAGAGGAAAAGUAGACGUAAUUUCGGAUAGCAACGAGGUGGAAGCGUGUAUGGGGCCCGGUGGUAUAUUCGGCAACAUACGAGGCGCGUUGAAGUACCAAACGCUGUCGAAUGUUGUCGCUUCAAGAAAUAUAGAUUUACUGAGCAUUCAAGGCACUGACUUCUAUGCUAUUUUAAGGAGUUAUCCUUCGGUAUUGAAGAAAGUACAGGCGUCGUUCAGUACGACAACCAAAGAUUACGUGUUGCCAACAACAGUGUCUGAAAGGACGAGUCUGGAAAGUCCUGAAAAAAGCAUAGCCGGAUCGCACGGCUCCAGGUCGUUUAUGUCAAUGAGCAAUACCGAGUAUGUCCCAGCAAGAUUGUUACUAUUCACACCACACAGAUGGUUCCGCAGUAGCGUUGUGCCGGACUCCAAAUUCGUAACAUUCAUGGACUACUUAAUCAUGUUCCUCUCAUAUGUGGACUUCAUGAUACUCGUGUACCAAAUGGCUUUUAUGUCAAACGAGUACUUCUUUUACAUUUGCAUUGUAUUUGACAUCGUCUUCGCGUAUAAGAUAUUCCUGGAUAUGCACACAGGCUAUACUAAUCGAUACGGAGACUACGUUCUUAAUCCAAAAAGAGUGCGAAAGAUG